AAAAUACUCUCCGAAUAGAAGGAAAUUCCGCCAUAUUCAAAACUUAUUUUUGUCUUGCCCAAACUUGUUUUCUAAACAUUAAUCUUUAUUUUGAUUUACAAAUUUAAAAUAAAAGAUAUGAACUAGCAUUGACCGUUGACAAUGUCGGGAACUGCAACUGCACAGGCUCAGCAGAAGUUCUCCAACCUGCGCAAACGCCUUGACCAGUUAGGGUACAAACAACCACUUGGCAUUGAAUCACUACCUCUGGUGGAGAAGUUGUUUGCAGACCUCGUACACACAACAGAGAGCUUAAAGAAUGCAAAGCUUGAGAUAGGACAGCAAACUACAGAGACCAAAGAUUUUGACUCGGCUAUAGAACCAUACAAAAGUGAUAAUGCCAAGCUGGUAAAGGAGAAUAAUGACCUUCAUAAACAGCUUAUCAAACAGAAAGAAGAGUCAGAUGCAAUAUUUAGAGAGCUGAAAGCUUCCCUACGCAAGCUUGAACAUGAGAAUGCUGAUUUAAAAUUCUUAAAUAACCAGUAUGUUCACAAAGUCAGGGGAUUGGAAAAGGAGUCAAAAGAAAAAUCUGAUAGAAUACUCAAUUUGCAAGAAAAAAAUUUCCAUGCAGUUGUUUCAACUCCAGGUGGUAAAAAGAAGUCGAUACCAUUCCGUCGACAACGGAUGGAGAUAGACUGCACAGUACCUCCAGCUGAUGACUACCAGAGAUUUAAACCUAGCCUAGCCGAUGAUCCAUAUGUAGCUGACCUUCUACAGGUGGCAGAUAGUAGGAUAGCUGAGCUAGAGAGGCAUGUCACAGAACUUGGGGACAAAAAUGAGAUUGCUGAUAGAAAAAUGGCCAGUUUUAGACAACAGGUUGAAGGACGUGAUGAGGAAAUAGAGAGAUUGCACAGAAUGUUAGACGGCGGACGACCCUCGGAUGUUGUGGCCCUCGAGGCCCGCAACAGAGCCAACGAGAGGAUGAUCUCACAUCUUAAUAUACAGAUUGACUUCCUGCAGCAGAAGAAUAGAGAAAUGGAAAGGAAAUUCAGAGAUGCUGUUGCUGAUAGAGCAGAAGUUGAAACAGACCUCUCUAAGUAUAAAGCUCGUAUGAGUGACCUUGAACUUGAAUUUCAGAGUGUUGAUAGACAUGCUAAGCGUUUAGAAACUGAUAAAUCUAUUGUUUUAAAAACAGCUGAUCGUGAAAUGGAAGAGGCCAAAGGUGAAUUAGAAAAAUCUCGACAUGAAAUGGAAGAUUUAGAUGUUGAAAUUGCACAAUUACGAGCGGAAAAUGCCCGAUUAACUAAAGAAUUUACUGAAACCAAAUCUACACUCAUGACCAAAACUAGUGACCUAAUGAGAUUGGAAGAGUUACAUGACCGAGUUGCGGAGGAUAAAAAACGUCUAAGUCAUCGCGUCAACAAAUUAAUGGCCAAUGAGAAAGAAUUGGUACUUGAAAUAGAAAGAUUAAAGCGAAAGAAUGGACCGGCUGGUGCUGCCAAAAAAGGUAAAGUAUCGAGCAAAAUUGAUGCAUUUGUACGAAGCAUUGAAGAAGAGAGAAACUACUACAGGGAUCAGGCAGAGGCUUUCCAGAAAAUGUUACGUGGCGAUAUUCCAUCUCGAUCACGAAGUCCCCCACGGUCAAGAACGCCAUCACGUCCUUCAUCUAGGUCAGCAAGUCCUGCCCGGGAACUCAACGCUUCGGCUAAGGCAGACAAGAAGGCUGCUGCUCAGUAUGAGGCCAUUAUGAGGGUACUGGAGGAGGAGAGAGACUAUUACAAGAACGAAUACGAGAUCAUCAAGGCUACCAAGAGAGCAGCAUCUGCACGAGCCACUCCUACAAAGACUUUUGAGACUAACAAUAAGCGUUUUGACAGUGAAAAUAAGCUUAAAAAGUUUGGUAUGACAGAGGAUGUGGAGAAGCUGAGACGGGAAAGAGAUGAGAUGAGACAGCUACUUGACAAGUUUGAACGUCACAUGGCAGAGAUCCAAGCUAAUGUGAAGGUACUUACUGGUGAGAGAGACAAACUUAACAAGAUGUAUGAAGAGACCAAGGAUGAAUUACACAAAGUAAGACGUGAGCUUGUCAGAUCUCCAAAAUCACCAAAAACUUCAUUAGCUGCCCAGGCUGUGUUACGUCGUGUUGAGAAUGAACGUGAUGAUGCCGUGUCUGAACUUCGUAGAAUGACAACAGAACGUGAUAGUCUCAGAGAAAGACUGAAGAUAGCAACAGAGAUAUCAUUGUCAGAGAAGGCCAAGUUGGAACAGCGCGGCGAGGACUUAGAGAGUGCUCUAACACAGGCAGAGAAUGAGCGUGGUGAGCUGAUUGUACGAGUCAACUCCCUGAAGGAAGAUGUUCGUAGUUUGGAGGAACAGAUCAAGGAUAUGGCUAGUAGACUGACUGAGACUCAAGAUGAUAACUCUCAGAAUAAAUCUAAAGCCACUCAAAUGAAGAUGUUGGCGGAGGAGACAGAGAGAAGCUUAGAGGAUACACAGAAACGUCUGGCACGUCGUGAGAGUGAGUUAGCCGCCCAGGAGGAGAGGUGUGCUCGUUUAGAGGACAGGAUAGCCGAAUUACAGAGAACUUUAUCUCAUUCUACUGAUGAAAAUUCAGAUAUCAGAAGAACUGUGAGUCAGCUAGAUAGGGAGAAGGAUAACCUUCAGAUUAGUGUUGAUGAAAAGACAGAGAAAAUUGCCAACCUCAAUGAAGAAGUACUUCUUAAGGAGAAACUGAUCAGUGAUUUGAAGGUCAGAAUUAGUGAAAUUGAUGCUCAGUUAGGCCAUGCUAAUGAUAACAUCAACAUGAAGGAUAGAGAGUUGAAGUCAUUGAAGAGGCAGCUAGACAGUACCUCAGAUGAUCUGAAUGAGAACAGUCGAGGUAAAGAGGUCGCCAUGAGAGAGAAUAGACGUCUACAAGAUGACCUUGCUGUUAUGACAAGAGAAAAUCAGAAAAUCAACCAGGAGUUACAGGAGGCUCUAGAGGACAAGGAAGGACUUAAACAACAAGUUCAACAAUAUAUACUGGAAGUUAGGAGUAUUGAAGAUGUUCUUGCUUCUAAGGAGAAAGAAAGAUCUGAUUUACUGGACCAGUACAGAGCUCUGUCCUCUGAGGCUGAACAAUAUCAAACUGCCACCCACCAGUUGGAGAGCGAGGGCUCAAACAUGAGGCUUGAGAUCAUGACCAAAGACUCAGAACUUAGACGACUCAAGGACAAAGUUGAUAACUAUGAGAGAGAAAUUCAGGAGCAUCUUAAUGCGGAGCAGGCCUAUGAGCUGCAAGUAUCAAAUCUGACCCGCUGUGUGGCCAACUUGGAAGAUAACCUCAGACAGACGGACGAUGACAAGAACACACUUCUCAAUGACCUGACAGCUGUACGUGAGCUCUGCUCAAGACUUGAGGGAACUAAAGAAUCUCUACAGAGACAGUUGACAGCACUUACCAUUGAUAAAGAACAGCUUCAAAGCCAGUCCGAAGAUAUUGCCCAGGAAUGUGAGUUAUACCGCAGUCAGCUGACCUCCGAGCGCCAAUCCAACAAGAACCUGGAGGGUCUACUACAGAAUAAUAGAGAGAAAGAGUUCCAGUCACAAUUACAAACACAGGAACAUAGUGCUGAGAUACAGAUGCUGAAAGAUAGACUGUCAUUGAAUGAGAGUAAAAUCCAAAGUCAGAGUCGAGAGAUUGCCUCGUUACGUACACGUAAUGUAGAACUAGAAGGUGAUGUAGAAAGACUCCGUAGACAGUUAACCAGUGAGAAAUUUGAGAGGGAGCGGGCAGUGCAGGAAUUGAGACGACAUGGGCUCGUACCACCGACCCCUACUAUGGACUACACGAGCAGCACCAGCAGGUACAGGUCAACAAGUCCCAUCAGGUCUCCAAGGUCUCGCUCACGAAGUCCUACCAGAUUCAGGAGCCGUAGCCCAGAAACAUCGUAUCUUAGUUCUUCCCGUCGUCGAUCACCUGACCGCAGUGGCUACUCCCUAGAGGAUCCCGACACUGCAACUAAAAGUUACAACUCCGAUCUACUUUGAUAACUUAUAGAACAAUUUAUAUAACAUUCUUUAUUUAUGAACAAAAAAGAACUGUGAAAAGCUGUUUUCGAAAAUAGUUGUAAAAUUGUACAAAUUCUUUUUUUGGAGAGAUAAAAGUAAAAAUAUUUUUUGAAGAUUGCAUGCAACACUGUCUUUACUUAAUAAUAAAAGAUGAGUGAUUGCAU